AUGGCCAUCUCUGCGCGAUACACCAGGUAUCUGGUGUUCGCCGUUGUGGGGUUGACCUUUUUCUAUUUCAUCACUCGAUCAUCCUUCCAAUUACCCAGCGCUGCCUCCCUUCCGCGCCCCAAACCGUCCUAUGAGGACUUUAAAUCACAGAAGCCCCAGAACACGGGGGUCAACAGCACCGAGCGAGUCAAUGCAACCUUUGUGACCCUGGCACGCAACUCCGACAUUUGGGAGAUUGCCAAGUCCAUUCGAACGGUGGAGGAUCGGUUCAACCGCAACUUCAACUACGACUGGGUCUUUUUGAACGACCAAGAAUUCGACGAGGAGUUCAAAAAGCUCACCACGUCCCUGGCGUCUGGUACCACCCACUAUGGCAAGAUUCCCACGGAGCACUGGUCCUAUCCUUCAUGGAUCGAUCAGAACAAGGCCCGUGAAGUGCGGGAAGACAUGGGUCGCAGAAAGAUUAUUUACGGAGACUCGGAGAGCUAUCGUCACAUGUGUCGUUAUGAAUCUGGCUUCUUUUUCCGUCACCCGCUCAUGAUGAAUUACGAGUACUACUGGCGAGUCGAGCCCAGCGUGGAACUGUUCUGCGACGUUCCUACCGACCCUUUCUUGUUCAUGAAGCAGAACAACAAGAAGUACAGCUUCGUGAUUAGCUUGUACGAAUACAUCGAUACCAUCCCCACCCUGUGGGACAGCACGAAGAAGUUUUUGCAGGCACAUCCCGAACAUAUUGCCGAAAACAACGCCGUGGACUUUGUUAGUGAUGAUGGCGGUGAAACCUACAACAAAUGCCACUUUUGGUCCAACUUCGAGAUCGGUAGUCUCGAGUGGCUUCGGUCUCCAGCCUACAUUGAUUAUUUCUCUUCCUUGGACCAAGACGGCGGCUUCUUCUACGAGCGAUGGGGUGAUGCGCCAGUGCACUCCAUCGCUGCUGCGACCAUGCUCAAAAGGGAUGAGAUUCACUUUUUCAACGAGAUCGCCUACUACCACGUUCCAUUCACCCAUUGCCCCAGUUCCGAGCAGACGCGGCUGGAUCUGCGUUGCCAUUGCAAGCCCCAAGAGAACUUUGACUGGAAGGACUAUUCUUGCACCUCUCGCUGGUUCUCCGUCAACAAUCUUCAGAAGCCCGAUGGCUGGGACAAGAAAGAUUGA